AUGUUGCUUGUUGUAUUUAUUGUGAUUAUCUCUGCGGAAGUUAUCAAGUCACGAUUUCUGGUUAAAACAUUACCCGGCUUAGUUGGUGAUCUUCCCUUCACUCUUGAAACUGGUUACGUUAGGGUUGGAAAGUAUGAUGAUGUGCAGUUAUUUUACUGCUUCAUUGAGUCUGAAGGGAACCCAAAAGAUGACCCUCUGAUUUUAUGGAUUAGUGGAGGCCCCGGUUGUUCUUCUAUGUAUGCACUUUUUUAUGAAAUAGGCCCACUAACUUUAAAUUCUGAAAUCUCUACUGUUGAAAAGCCCAUACUUGAAAUAGUCCCUGACAGCUUGACAAAAGUUGCCAACAUAAUAUUUCUUGAUCAACCAGCUGGGUCUGGAUUCUCCUAUGGGAACACUCCUGAAGCUUACAUAAUGAAUGAUACUUUAUCAGUAAUACACACUUACGAUUUUUUGAAGAAGUGGCUUGUAGAUCACAUUGGAUUUCUCAGCAAUCCAUUGUAUCUUGGUGGUGAUUCUUACAGUGGCAUCCUGGUGCCAAUGAUCGCUCAAGAAAUAUAUGACGGCAUUGAAGUUGGAGAAAGGCCACAUAUCAACAUAAAAGGGUAUAUGCUUGGUAAUCCUCUAACAGACGUAAGAGGUGACUAUAAUUCUAAAAUAGAAUUUGCUCAUAAUAUGGCCCUCUUAUCAGAUGCAAUUUAUGAGUCAACUAAAGAAAAUUGCCAUGGAGACUACUUCAACGUAGAUCCCAACAACACUCUAUGCAUACAUGACCUUCAAGUGAUAUAUAAGUGCCUUGAAAGAAUAAAGCCGGCCCAUAUUUUAGAGCCAAAUUGUCUCUAUUCCAAUACCUUAAGAUCUGACCCCUUCAGGAGUGACUUAACAACUUUUGAAAACACCUCAGUGGAUAUCUUACCUCAAGUCCAGACACGACUGUGUCGAGAAGACAAUUAUAUAUACUUCUAUGCUUGGGCUAAUAGUAGAGACGUGCGAGAAGCUCUUCACAUUCAUGAGGAAUUUGGGGAUACUGAGUGGGUGCAAUGCAAUAAUACCUCGAAAUUUAAUUUUCAUAAAAAAGCCAUAUCUUACACAUACAAUAUCCCGAGUAGUGUUGGCUAUCAUCGACGCCUUGCUGAUAAAAAAUGUCGCGCUCUUAUAUAUAGCGGAGAUCAUGACAUGGCUGUUCCAUACAUUAGUACAUUGAACUGGAUUAAAUCACUGAACUUGUCGCUCGUAGAUGGUUGGAGAUCAUGGUUUGUCAACAAACAAGUAGCGGGAUACACCAAGAAAUACUCAAAAGGGGACUACAACCUAACAUUUGCUACUGUAAAGGGAGGAGGUCAUACAGCUCCAGAGUACAAACAUAAAGAAUGUUUAAGCAUGCUUAAGAUGUGGAUUGCCAAUGAUACUAUUAAUCAUGACUACAAGGAGAUGAUAUUGAAAAAGUCAGAAGAAGACUUGCUUUUAAGGAGUAUUUAG